GCUGACAACGAGCCAACUACCUUCAAGGAGGACUGCUGGAAGCUGCUCUAAAGACUUGUUCUUCAUUUCCAAGAGAGAUGGGGACCAUCUGAAGGCCUGAUAGGACAAAACAUCUGAGCAUUUUCUCUCUCUCAGUAACAAUGUCUUCAGUUGACUAUCUGAGAGAAAUGAUUAAUGAAAGACUAGCAGCUGCUGCUGUGGAAAUAUUGUCAGAGUUUAAAAAGACCAUCCUUCAGUAUGAAGAGGAGAUCAGUCGUCAGCGCAGACUGCUGGAUAACGCAUGGAAAUCACAAAAAAAGCUGCGCAUAAAAGAUGUUCCACAUCAGAAUGUCUGCAAGGGGGAGGACUUUGUGAUCGGUGAGCACCCGUGUUUCGGGGAGAGGGACUUCAGUCAGGACCAGGAGGAAGCAGCAUCUCCACAAACAGAAGUGGAAGAACUAGAGUGUCUACGGAUGAAAGAAGAACUGGGUGAAGCAGAACCUCCACAGACUGAGGACCAACUCUGCACCAGCCCAGGGAAGGAGCAGCUUGUUCUGAAGACGGACACUGAAACCUCUCUCCUGCUUCAAUACGCGUCCACAGGUGAAGACAAGUUGGAAGUGAUUCCAGAAGACAUUAACCAGUGUAAAGGAGACAUCGCUCAUCAGACCAGCCUGCUGGAUAUCAACUCUGGAUCCAAACUAAAGUUACACACAACAGCUCUUUCCCAGCUGCAUGCCUGUAAGGAGGAGGAGGUUGAUCAUCACAUCUGUAAUGAGGAGAGGAACUUCAGUCUGGAUCUUCAGGAAACUAAACGGUCGGAACUGGAGCUGGAGACUGACACCUUUGUGGAAAUUCCUUCCUCCGAUGAAAGUCACCAAGGUGAACCGAGUGGACCAAGAUCAAUGAUUGACCAGCUCCUCUCUGGAGAUGAGUGCUCCUAUCAAGGACAAAGCCAGCUUGAACAUUCAGGAUCAGCUAGAAAUGUACAAAACCUUUCCCUGUCAGACGGGACACCUACAUGUGUCGCUGUACAUGAAGGUGUCAAACCAUACAGUUAUGACAGUUGUGGAAAAAGUCUCUCUAAAAUGGCCCUUGUGUCAUAUCAUGAAAGUAUGUAUACAGUUGAGAAUCCCUAUUAUUGUAACGUAUGUGGGAAAAAUUUUAGUCGACGACAUAAUUUGACCCGUCACAUGAGGACCCACACAGGUGAGAAGCCAUAUAAUUGUGAAAUAUGCGGGGAAGGUUUCAGUAACAGUUGGUCUUUAACAGUUCACACUCGAACUCACACGGGUGAGAAGCCUUACACCUGUGAAGUAUGUGGGAAAGGUUUUAACCAAAGCAGCAGCUUGUCUGAUCACAGGAGGACUCACACGGGCGAGAAGCCGUAUUCUUGCAAACUGUGUGGAAAAUGCUUCGGUUUCAGCAGCAACUUGUUGUGUCACAUGAGAACUCACACUGGUGAGAAACCAUAUUGUUGCAAAACCUGUGGGAAGAGUUUCAGUCAAAGCAACAGCCUGGUGUGCCACAUGAGAACUCACACAGGUGAAAAGCCGUACUCUUGCAAAGUUUGUGGAAGAUGUUUCACUUUAAAUAGUCAGUUGUACAGUCACAUGAGAAUUCACAAGUGAGAUUACUGAAUAAAUUACUUGGCGAAUAGUUAAGCUGGCCAUUGAAAUCAAAUGUACUUAAUUUUCUGUGUUGAGGAUUUGUUUGUUUUUUGGGGGAAGGCGAGACUGCUAAAGUAGUUCCAAUGUUGUGUUGACAACCAGCAAAGAGAGAGAAUCAACAGAACAUGCGUAUGAAAGUCAAAUAUUUAUAAAUAUUUUAAGCUGGCCUAGUCUUCUGAUGUAGUACUCAUUUGAGUAGUUAUAGUCGUCUGCAUAAACAUUUAUAUCAUUUAAAGGACUGUGUUUGUUAUGACCCGGUAAUGUUGAGAACCAAACGCAACCACACAGGAGACAGAUAAGGGGUUAAUGUCUUUAAGGCUUUAUUUGCCAAAGAGUGAGAAAAACUGAAGGGCAGCCGCAAGGAGGGCUGGUAUCCGAACUGGAUAAAAAACAACAAAAAGUCCAACAGGAAACAGCAGGUCCGGGUCACAAGAAGUUAUGGGAAGAUCUGGCGAAGAGUAGACUGCUGAACCGGCUCUUCUAGGCAGUGGUGAUGAUGGGAGGAUUGGCUGCAGUGGUGAUGAUGGGAGGAUUGGCUGCAGUGGUGAUGAUGGGAGGAUUGGCUGCA